AUGGCUCGCGGGAAAAUCCAGAUCAAGAGAAUCGAGAACCAAACAAACAGGCAGGUGACUUAUUCAAAGAGGAGAAAUGGGCUUUUCAAGAAGGCCCAUGAGCUCACUGUUCUUUGUGAUGCUAAGGUUUCGAUCCUCAUGAUCUCGAGUACCCAGAAGCUUCAUGAAUAUAUCAGCCCCUCAAUCACGACAAAGCAAUUAAUCGAUCAGUACCAGAAGGCUGCCGGAGUUGAUGUUUGGAAUACUCACUAUGAGAAAAUGCAAGAGCAUCUGAAGAAGCUAAAGGAGGUUAAUAGGAACCUAAGGAUGGAAAUUAGGCAAAGAAUAGGUGAGAGCUUCAAUGGCCUUGGAUAUGAUCAAAUAGUCAGUCUGAUUGAUGAUAUUGAGAGUUCUCUGACUGUGAUUCGAGAGAAAAAGUACAAAGUCAUUGGAGGUCAGAUAGACACCAGCAAGAAAAAGUUGAGGAAUGCUGAAGAAAUACAUCGAACCCUCGCGCAUGAAUACGAUGCAAGACAGGAGGAUCCACACUAUGGAUUAGUCGAAAACGAAGGUGAUUAUAAUACUAUGAUUGGAUAUCCGAACCGCGGGCCCCCUCGGCUAAUCACUCUUCGUCUGCCGCUUAAUCACCCUGCUAAUCUUCACAGUGGAGGAGGCUCAGAUUUGACCACAUUUACCUUGCUUGAGUAG